UAAGGUGAGAGUUAUCACGAUGCCGGGGGAAAACGGUGACCAGUUCAAACAGGGAGACCUGGUGUUCGCCAAGAUGAAGGGAUUCCCCCACUGGCCUGCCAGGGUGUGUCCGUUUGUCGGCGGUGGAAGAAAUAAGAGAAUCCCAGUCUACUUCUUCGGAACGCAUCAGAUAGGAACGAUCCCUCCGGAGAACAUCGUGCCGUACGUCGGGAACAAGCUGAAGUUCGGCAGCGGCGUCCGGAUCAAAGGCUUCACUGAAGCCAUGUGGGAGAUCCAGAACACCCCCGCCGUGGGGAGCAAACUCAAAAUUGAAUCAGAGCGAGAAAAGAGCAACGCUCCUGCUGUCACCCCUCCAGUCAACAAGAAACUGAAGAGCCCAGAACCAAAGUCUGAGGAAGAGGAGGAGAAAUCUUCAUCAGAGAGUAAAGGAGUCAAGAGGAAAGGGGACGAGGAAGAGGAGGAGGAAACCAAUCAGGGAACAAGUGAAGGAAACAAGGAGAACCCUCUGCAGAUGGUGGAUCAGUGUGUAGCAUGCUCCCCCAGUGAGCCCAGAACCUGCCCCACACAUCCAGAACCCUCUGCAGAUGGUGGAUCAGUGUGUAGCAUGCUCCCCCAGUGA